AUGUCCUCAGACUUGAAACUCGAUAACAUACUUAUAACCUUUGAAAGUGAAGGCAUCCUCCCAAAAUUUGUCAAAGAGCAAGCAGCUCAGUCUAUGCAAAGCAAACCCGACCCAAACACUCGCCGAGUUGUCUAUCGGUGUCACAAUGACUUCGGACCUCUUGAUUCGAGUGGACUAGGCAAUAUGUAUCCCCAAAUAACGGAUUUUGGUGCGGCGACUCUACUCGGCAACAACAGACAUGAUGGCACGGUUCGACUUGGUACCCGUCCCAUACAACCUGACCAUUAUCGUGCACCAGAAGUUGUCCUUGGUUGUGGUUGGAAUUUCAGUGCUGAUAUAUGGAACUUGGGAGUUAUGGCGUGGAAUAUGAUUGAGGGUACAGAGUUAUUUAAGCAGGUGCAUAAUGCAAAGGGAAAUUAUGAUCCCAAAGCACAUCUCGCGGAGAUGUGA